UCAAGAUAACUUGUCAAUGGAAGUGGAUGGACUUGAGGAGAUGACUCCGGACACUGAAUUAGGAUUGUCAACCAAUGAAGGUGGAGAAGAGCCAUCCUCGACCAUGGGUGCGAGUGCGACAAACAAGGUACUUGGAGCUAGUCUUCCUCCUCGUGAUAAGAAAAGUACCUCUGAUGUCUGGGAUCAUUUUGCGAAAAUCAUAAAUGAGGAGUCUGGAAAAGCAAAUAACGUGAGGUGCAUGCAUUGUGGGGUGCAGAAAGCAUUGGAGCAGUUGUAUGAAUUUUAUGAGCAAUCUUUUGCUUCAAGCAAGCAAAAUUGUGGCGGCCAAAGUUUGAGUGCUAGUAGUAGUAGUUCCAAUUCCAUUGGUAAUGAAGCUAGUAGCAAGUAUGACAUCCAAGUUUGGCGGAGAACCUAUAUGCUCUCAAAGAAAAAAGCACACGAUGGCAACAAAUCCGAGCUUGACCCAGUAUCUUCAAGAUAAAGAUGAAGAGACUCUUGAUCUUGAUCUUUUAAUGUGGUGGAAGACUAUCGGCUCAAAAUAUAAAAUUCUAUCUUUGAUGGCUCGAGAUGUUUUGUCUAUUCCCAUAACUACAGUUGCUUCGGAGUCGACUUUUAGUAUAUCGGGUCGUGUGCUUGAUGGCUUUCGGAGUUCAUUGACUCCUAAAGUUGUGGAAGCUUUGCUUUGCACUCAAGAUUGGUUAAGAGCCGCUCGUAUGCCAAUUAACAUU